GCGAAACAAUUUUAAUUUUAGUAUAAAUAUGAUGUUAAGUAUAUGGAACUGGAAGGAGUAUUAGAAGUUAAAUACACUUGAUGAUCAGUAUGCGUUCUAUGUUUGCUAUCCUAUGUCUUACUGCUGCAAUUUCAUCCAAACAUUAUCUCAUCGAGACAUUGGAUGAAGGAGGAUAUGGCGGGGAAACUGUAGCUAUGGCUGGAGCUGAAGCUGCAGAAGGAUAUGAAGCACCUGAAGCUUCUGCUGGUGGAUAUGAAGCACCUGAUGCUCCUGCAGCAGACGAGGCUGCAGAUGGAUAUAGUGAGGACGCCACCCCAGCUGCUGCAGCAUAUGUUCCUGCAGCUCCUUCCGGAGGAGCUCCUUCAGCUGGAGCACCUUCAGCUGGAGCUCCUUCAGCUGGAGCUCCUUCAGCUGGAGCUCCUUCAGCUGGAGCUCCUUCAGCUGGAGCUCCUUCAGCAGGAGCACCUGCAGCUGGAGCUCCUGCUGCUCCAGCAGCACCUGCCGGUAAAGAAGAUCCCUAUGCCAGUUAAAAAAUGAAUUAUGGUAAUUUAGAAAUAAAUGGAUGAGAAUUGGA